AGUUAGCAAUGUCUUCGUAUUGUGUAUUUGGGAAGUGAUAACAGAAGUAGAAGAAAUGGAGCUGGUUCCGAAUGGUCUCCUUUCUAAACAGUCACACAUCCAGGAUUCCAGCCACAUUUGUCUUUCCCAUGAAGGCACUUUGGAGAGGACGGUCUCUGAGUUACUCAGACACCAGUGACUCUAGACUCUGGGUCAUCUUUCUCCAGUCAGUGCCCUAGACACAGAUGGGACGACGGCAUUGGAAGCCCUUCCCAGCCUGGAAUCACCUGCACCCCAGAUUUUUCUAAUUUCUUUUUCCCCUCCAGGCCCUUCAACUGCAGAUUCAGUGAGUCACACAGGCACUCCUGUCUCUUUCACUUUGUCAAAUACCCAGCUUGCAAAUCUCAGGGUGUUUUGGCCCUGUACUUAAAUAGCUUAACAAAAUACUAUGACGUCUUCAUGGAGACUUUCUCCAUGCCACCGCCCUUCACUGGCUACGUGGGUUAGGGGCGGUAGGAAAGGAACGGAAGCUGGCUGAUGGUGACCAGAGCGAGGUAGGGGUGGGGAGGACGAUGGCCUCUUUCUGUGCUUAUAACUGGAUCUGUGACUCAUCUAGUGAGUCACUCAGCUCCGCCCCCCCCCUCCAGCUGCCCCUCCCAGCAGCCUUCACUCUUGGCACAGACCUGCAACCAGACCAGGAUCCUGAAAAUGGAAAAAUCUGAUAUAGCCCCAUGCUUCUGCAUCCUUCCUUCCAUCCACUUAAAACCUCUGCUGGUGUGGGGGAUACGGAGAGGCGGUCCUCCCAUUAGCCCUCAGCUGCUUCCCCUUUUCAUCCCCCUGCUCAUCCAAGUCAACUUUUUUCUGGCUUCCACCCCCCUCAUUCCCCUGAUUUUUUUUUCCCCCUCUAGAUUCCUCUGCUGCUGCUAUACCUCAAAAUAUGAAGAAUAGAAUGAGGCUCUUGAAGGGUGGUGGGGAGGAGGAAAAUGGGGAAUGGGAUUUUAAAAUUGUGGAACACAGCUCUUCCUAUGGCAAGAGACCUUGGGAAGUAUUUCUUCCCUUAAGAGAUUGAGGACCAUGGAAAGUAGGUGGGGUUGGGGGUGCUUGGGAGCUUUUAGGACUUCUAGAUUAAGGCUUCUGGGCCACCUUCCUAGCAGGUGUAUGCCUCUUUGUUCCAAGUUAACUUCCUGUGUCCCAAUAUCUUCACUAUUUCCACAGUAGCAGCCAAGACCGGGAACUUUUACAGCUGAGGCCGGAAGGGUGUGUGCUAAGGGGAGAGUUGAGUGUACUUUGGAAAACUGGGGCCCCCACCUAGGGUCUGCUGCCUCUGUACAGACUCAAACAUCAAUAAAACAGCAGCUCAUUAACCCUUAUUUUGUAUUGCAUUUCCUGUCUUUUUCUGCAUCUAAAUGCAAACUUUAGCCUUCUACCCAGGCGCCAUUAACUGCAGUUCCUUUAUUUCCCUCCUAGGGUCCUCCCCACCCACCUCUGCUCCUCUGGUUGCAGGAGGAUGGGGCUGUUGAACUGAUAGAGGUUUUCAGCCCUCAGUUUUGCAGGUCCAGAACAUGAAUCAUUAAUUUGGAGAUCUGAUGUCUGGGUUGGAGGGAGGGAUCAUGUACCUGGAGUGGGCUCUGGUUUCCCACACGGGUGUGUGUGUGUGUGUGUGUGUGUGUGUGUGUGUGUGUGUGUGUUUUGGAGUAAGAUCUCUUCCUUGGGCUUCCCUCUACUCCCAGAACUUGCACAUACCCUCCUGUACUUGUCUGUGACCAAGAGAUAUUUCCAUUUCUCUCCCGUGUUCUCAGGGCACCCUCCACACGAGGUAUGUUUCAUGCUCCCCGGAGAACCAUAUACAACAUGCUUUAACUCUUCUCCCUCAUUUCUUGGGCCUCCCCAGGCAAAAAAUCCCCUGAGUCCCAAUUCCCUACUACUUCUAACAGGUGUGUCAGGGGAGGCAGCAAGGAAGCCCGAACUGCUUUUGCAUUCCUCCCACUGCACCACCCCCUUCAAGAAGACACACAAAAAAAGAAGCCCAAAUUACUCCGGGUUAAUACUCGGUAUUACUGCUCCCCUCAAAUACUUUGCAGUGCUUGUGAACAGAAAGAGCAUAGGAUCCAGGGUUGGGGAAAGAAUCUGGGUUUUUUCCCCCCAGUUAUCCAUUUUUUCCUCACCUUUUCCAGGCUCCUCCACUUUUCCAAAACUGUGUGUAUUCCCCUUUAAGGGGCUGGGCAUCUCUCCCGCCCUCUCCAGAGUCGACUGAAGUUUCCGAGGAGCCUCCUCUAGCUGGGUUGGACACACCUUUCAAAAGACCCCUAAUCGUGCUCCGUGUACCUCAAACGCUCCUUUCCCUGGUGCUGUCCCCUGCCCCUCUCCCUGACUUCCCUCUUCUCAACUACAAGAUUCAGCCUACCCCUAAGGGGUUUGAGCAUCUUCAAGGUCUCCCACCCUUCACUGCUCCGUCCCCGGAUGGAGCCAGAGAAAUGUGGUGGGGGGGUCGGGGCCAGAGUUUCAACAUCGCCCCCCAGAAGGCGGAGCCAGACAUGGGGCCCCUCCCUUUACUGUCUGCCAACUGGGUCCUAAACUCCUCACAACCGCUGAUCUCAGUUUCCCCUGAGUCUGAGUGUAGGCCUCCAACCGUGGCUGCUGAGGUAAUCCCGGAUCUCAGGACUGGAGAGGCCUGGGGAUUAACCCUACACCCUUCACAGCGAUCUGGACCAAAAUCUGUCCAGAGGACUGGGAUGCUGGAGUCCAGGAGUUGUCAGCUUGGCCGUCAGCUGGCCACGGGAUGCCUCCCAGGGGAGCAGAUCCUAGCAUGGGCCCCAGGGGUAAGAAAGGGGCUGGAACCUGAAUUGCCUGGAACCCUGAUCUGCACCAACUUGAGGGUCACCUUCCAGCCCUGUGGAUGGCAACGGAGUCAGGAGACUCCCCUGAGCAGUGAAUAUGAUUUUGUCCUGGUCAACAUUGGGCGAUUAGAGGCUGUGAGUGGAUUGUCCAGAGUCCAGCUCCUCCGUCCAGGGUCCCCACUUAAAUUUAUCCCUGAGGAGAUUCUCAUUCAUGGCCGAGACUUCCGGCUGCUCAGAGUUGCUUUUGAGGCUGGAGGACUAGAGCCUCAGGCCUUUCAGGUGACCAUGGCCAUUGUCCGAGCCAGAGCUCAGAGCAGUCAAGCCCAACAGUAUGCAGGGAUAUCCCUGAGCAAGGCUGGCCAGAGUUCAGGGUCCAGAAAACCACCUAUCCCCCUCUUGGAGACAUCAGAAGACUGGGAGACUGAGCGGAAAAAGCAGGGGGCCAAGGGCUGGAGAGUCAGCACUGUCAAUGAGAGGUUCGACGUAGCCACCAGCCUCCCCCGUUACUUCUGGGUCCCGAAGCGAACUCUGGACAGUGAGGUCAGGAGAACAUUUGGCCACUUCCAUCAGGGCCGUGGACCGCGCCUGUCCUGGCAUCACCCUGGGGGCAGUGAUCUUCUCCGCUGUGGUGGCUUCUAUACAGCCAGCGACCCUAACAAAGAGGAUAUCAGAGCAGUGGAGUCAAUGCUCCAGGCUGGGCAUUCAGAUGUUGUGCUGGUGGACGCUGUGGAUGAACUGCCUAGUCUUACAGAUGUUCAGCUUGCCCACUUGAAGCUGAGGGCCCUCUGCCUGCCUGAUUCAUCUGCAGCUGAGGAGAAAUGGCUCUCGGCCUUGGAAGGAACACGAUGGCUGGAUUACGUCAGGUCUUGUCUUCGAAAGGCCAGUGACAUCUCAGUCUUAGUGACAUCCAGGGUUCGCUCUGUAAUACUCCAAGAGCGCAGUGAUCGUGAUUUCAAUGGCCUCCUCUCUUCACUCGUCCAGCUGCUUUCAGCCCCUGGAGCCCGAACACUGCUUGGCUUCCAAUCACUAGUGCAGCGAGAGUGGGUGGCAGCUGGACAUCCCUUCCUGACCCGACUUGGAGUAACUGGAGCCAGUGAAGAGGCUCCAGUGUUUCUUCUCUUCCUUGAUUGUGUCUGGCAGCUCCUCCAGCAGUUUCCAGCUGAGUUUGAAUUCUCAGAGUUUUUCCUUCUUGCUCUUCACGACAGUGCCAGAGUUCCUGACACUCUCACAUUCUUGAGAAAUACUCCCUGGGAGCGCAGAAAGCAGAGCGGACAGUUCAACUCCUAUACACAAAUCUGUACCCCAGGGUACUCCCAACCCCUUGCUGGGAACUCGGUUAACCCACAGCUGUCCGUCUGGGACUGGGAUUUACGUUACAGCAGUGAACAGAUACUACAAUUCCAUAAUCCUGGCUAUGACCCGGAAUACUGCCCAGAUUCCUGGCUCCCUAGACAGCAGCCAAGCUUCCUGGUUCCUGGACCCCCCAGUUCUGUGUGGCUCUUCUCCAGAGGGGCCCUGACCCCCAUGAAUCAGCUCUGUCCUUGGCGGGACAGCCCCUCCCUACUGGGUGUCUCUUCUCGUUGGCUCCCUCGACCUGCUAUCUCCUCUGAAAGCCUGGCUGAUCAGGAGUGGGGGCUCCCCUCACACUGGGGAGCUUGCCCUUUACCCCCGGGGUUGCUGCUGCCUGGAUAUCUGGGACCCCAGAUCAGGCUGUGGAGACGCUGCUACCUGAGGGGAAGGCCUGAGAUCCAGAAAGGCCUCUCAGCUCCCACAAUCUCUGGCCUCCAGGAUGAACUAUCCCAUCUUCAGGAACUUUUAAGGAAAUGGACACCAAGAGUAUCUCCUGAGGAUCAUUCCAAGAAAAGAGAUUCACAUACCAUUCUCCCCAAUCCCGUUGAAAUUGCUGUCUUUUGUAUGGGUCUGGCGAAGGGUGGUCUGGGGUGAGGGAGGGUUCUUUUUAAUUCUCCAAUUUUUAUUAUCUGGUCUUGCUGUCUCAGCUUUUGACACUCCAGCCCUCAACAAGCUCAUUGAUCAACUUUCCAUUGCAGAUGGGUGGUGCUAACCUCCCAACUCUUGCCCUGUCCUGUUUUGUUGCUCAAGAGGUUUCUUAGGAUUUGAGGAAUUAAGAAACAAAAGCAAUCCUGAAUACGAUUAACUUUGUUUUUUUCAAGGCAAUUUUAUCCCUUUGGAUAUCCAGCUGUUAAAUGUGAGAUGAGAGAUGCUGUUUGUCAGUUCUAAAAAGAUGGCCUAUAGAACUCAUUCUCACUUCCUCCUGCUGCUUAAUCCCAGUUUGUUUCUUCCCUUUCUUUCCUAUGGGUAUGUCGUGUGUAUGGGAGGCACCCUGUCUCUGACAACUGUAUAUUUUGUAGUGACAUUUCUAUUUAAGGAGUUCAUUAAAGCACAGUUAUUUAUA